CCUUAGGUGCAUGCUGUCACCGUAGGGGGGGUUUCCCCUCUGGGAGGUAACGUGAGGGGAUUUCCAUUCCCCCAACCAGCCAAUCAGAGCGAGGUGUUGCGGAAACAAAAAAGUGAAGCAAAGAACGCUUCAGAAGACAUUCAACACAUGGACCCAAGUCCUUCAGACCGAGCGUACCCGUCCACACUCACCCCCGGGGCUGGUUUAUAUGAAAAGAGCUGUUUUUAAAAGAGAGAGGAGACUAAUACCGGAUAUAACCCGGUUAGGAGAGAAUUCAACGACAGUAUCUGUAAGGACUCCUCCCAUGCGAUGAACGACAUGGACAUCUUCACCGGGACCUCUGAUUCGCGAGGGCCUUCAGACUUUGAUCUCAUUCAUGAAAUCAUCACAGACCUGUCAGGUGCCUCCUUCCCUGGACCUCCUGCCCCCCCUGCUGACCUCAUCUGCCAGAACCUCAAGAUGCAACAACAGAGCUCCUCUCCGCCAUCUCAGCCGGUGCUGGUGGCUAGAGGCACUGCAUGUCAGCCAACCUGCACCUUCCCUCAGCCCCUGCAGCAGUUGAGCACUUCCAGAGAGAUGGCUCAUUCUUCCCGGGGAGCUUCCUCUCCAGCAGGUUUCCAGCGGCGUGGUCGAGGCUCCUCCUGUUCGAUGGCCUCUAAGAGCUCCCGUGGCGUUUCCUCUCAGAACCGCGGCGGCAGCGAAGCGGAGAUGCUGGAGCGGCUUCUGAAUAAUCCCAAGCUGGUGUUGGUGGAGGAGCCCAAGGAGAGAGGCAUGAGGUUUCGCUAUGAAUGUGAGGGACGCUCGGCCGGCAGCAUCCUGGGGGCGUCCAGUACAGAAGCCAACAAGAGUCAGCCUGCGAUAGAGAUUCAAGGUCCCAUUGACCACUUAAAGAGGGUCACAGUCACGGUUUCCUUGGUGACCAAAGACCCCCCACACCGGCCUCACCCCCACUGCCUUGUGGGUAAAGACUGCCCAAACGGUUCAGGCAUCUGCGUGGUCACGUUAAAUCCUCACAGCAACCGACGUCACAGCUUUGCUAACCUCGGUAUCCAGUGUGUGAGGAGGAAAGAGCUGGACUGUUCACUUCAGAAGAGAAGAAACCAAAAUAUCGACCCCUUUCAAACUGGUCACUCAAAGGGCAUUGAAGACAUGGACAUGAACUCUGUGCGUCUAUGUUUUCAGUGUGAGUUUGAAUGGGAAGACGGCAGAAAAGACAGUCUCAGCCCAGUAGUGUCUAAUCCCAUCUAUGACAAGAAGGCAACAACUACAUCACAGCUGAAGAUCGGGCGUUUUAACCAGUACAGAGGUUCCUGCACCGGCAAAACGGAGAUCUAUAUGCUGUGUGAUAAAGUACAGAAAGAUGAUAUAGAAAUCAUCUUCAGGCGAGGGUCAUGGAAGGCGAGCGGGGAGUUUGCCCAGACAGAUGUGCACCGUCAAAUCGCCAUCGUGUUUAAGACUCCGCCCUACCAGGACCAGGACAUCACGGAGGAGGUUGAAGUCAACGUGGUCCUGCGUCGCCUCUCGGACCAGAUGGAGAGCGAGUCUGUUUCCUUCACGUACCUGCCACACAACCCAGAUCCAUAUGAGGUGAAGCGGAAGAGAAAGAUAAAGUCAGACAUCAGCUUCAGCGAGAAACCUUGUGUGACAGAGAGUGCACCUGCAGCAGAGCAGCCCUUCCACAUUCAACUGCCUCAAACCAUGAUGUCUCCUAACGAGAGGCUUUGUGCUGCCCAGCCCGGGGCCUCCGCUUUAGGGGGAAUGUGUUACAACGAGAUCCAGGACCCAAACAAUGGCGAUGUAACAGCCAUCCUUAAUCAGUUGAUGGAAAUACCUCAACUAUGGGACAUGAUCCCCGACCCCAGCUUUACCUCGUCCGUGCCCUCUUGCUUUGAGCAGGGGCCCGAUGCCUGCUCCGCGUCAGCCAACCUGGAUAUGAACUUUAACCAGAACUUGGGCUCGUAUACUCAGGACUUUUCCCAGUACAGCGACUUGCAGUUCAACAUGCUCGUCAAUGAGAUUCAGACUCCGCAGACAGAGGGCCAGGACAGCCCCGCCAACAUGCUUCAGGUGAAGUCAGAAGAGGAGCUGUGAGGACCGAAUAGUCAGGAUCAUGAAACGCCCUUACACGCUCUCUCUGUGAAAUUUAAGAAUAACUUUGGCAUUUGGGGAAAUACGCUUAUUUUACUUUCUUGCAGAGAGUUAGAUGAGAAAAUUGGUACCACUCUCAUAUGAAAGAAUGGUUUGUAUUUCCCAAAAUGUCCAACUUCCCAAACAAGAUUAUGUUGUCCUGCGUCCAAGACUACUGCUUGCACUGUGAAAUGUGUUUGCCCUGUUGCUUACUCCAUAUCUUUGUCUGAAGACCUUGCUGGUCAAGGCUUUAGCAACCAGCAGGAGCAGGUUAACAUUCCUGCAUAUGUGCUUGUAAAUGCUGCCAGCACUAAUUGUCAGAUUCUCACAGUCAGCGUGGGGUUUUCAAAAGAGAGCUCUUGCAUCUAUAUUUAACUUGGGAUCAAUAGAAACCCUCCCAUGAAUUGCCAUCUAUUUUAGUGAAUGAUUGGUGAGGUAAGACUUAAAUAUCUGUCAUAUAAUGUUUGUCUAAGGUGACUCUUAUGUGCUUCAUCAUGAUUUUGGAAAAAUGACCUGACUUCCUACAAGAAAGAAGGAUUUUAGUUGUAACACAAAAGGUCUUAUGUACAGUAGUUUCAGAUCUGCUCUUCACAUUGUUCUUGCUUCCUCUAUUGAUGUGGCCAUCAAACCAGCUGGCUUGUUUAAUAUUUAAUCUUCUUAAACACAAUAGAAACCAGUCCUCCUCCUAUUUUUAGACUUUGUCUGUGUCAGUUUCUGCUGUUGUGCAGUUUCACUCUCGUGGUAAACAUUCAAAUUUCCGCUCGUCACGAGUCCAACUCCGCCCACCGCUGUAGCUUCGUAAUGUCAAUAUUUCAGAAAAGAAACAAUAAAAUGUCAGUCUGUGUUUUUUUGUCUUGUGGUUACUUCCUCUUAAGCUGACUGCUGCCUUGAUGAUCAAAUCAAUUUUGAAUGUGACCUUCAGCUACCUGCCUACAUACAGUACUAACCUGCUCGCUCACUUAUAAAAACAAUGAAGCUUGGCAACAACAACCAGUAGAUGUGUUUAUGCUUUUCACAUCUUAGCUUUAAAUGUAACAAGACAAUGUUGAAUGACCUGUUUGCCCAACAAAUUAGAUAGAAACAUUCUGGUGAAAGGUAUCCUCUGUUGUUUAUAAUGACAUCAGACACAUUGUGGUCGCAGCGUCUUAGCUUCACCCAAUUCCUUUUUUUUUUUUUUUAUCCUCGAGAACUUUCCACAUUUCCAGUAGUGGUUUCUGCUGAGUCGCAUGCUUAUCAGGAAACUCGUAAUACCACAUUGGGGAAUAUAAAUACAUAGACAGUGAUUGGGAAAUUACCACUAAUAUUAUCUGACCUUCAU